UCCAUCUUCGCUAGGAAUUUUGUAUUGUUUAAACAUAUACAAUUCUAUACACAUACAAUGACAUUAUGACAAUAAAAGUAAUUCAUUUUAACUAAUUGUUCUGAAUACUAGAUUAUAAAAUAUAGUACAAAUGAAAUAUGUUCCCAUUUACUCCAUCAAAAGAAAAUAUCUUUAAAACUCGCGCCUAAUUUUCUUUUAUGCUUCCUUUUUCGGUUUAUUUUAAUUUUUAAGCGAUUAAUGUUUAAUGAGAAUAAAUGAACUACUAAAAUUUUUAUCGAUAAAUCUACGUAAAUCUUUAUCGAUAAAUCUACGUAAAUCUACGUAAAGAUGGCGAAGAGUUAGAUGCGUAGAAUGUCCUUAUUACGUUAAAAAUUUUUUUUUUUUUUUUUUUCACAUUCCUAUGCCCCCGAAGCGCUUGUUCGCAGAAGCAUCUGAAAGAAACGAGUUUUCCCUCUCGAUGCUUUCCCAAGCAUGAGUUGACUGUCAAAGGGGUGGAAUAAAACCACGUGACUAGGCGUGUGGAACAUCGCCAGCGAAUGAAAGUGGCAGCGUCUCGACUUCAGGAUAAAAGCAUGCUUUGAGCAUUUUUCCACCGGGCGCGCAAAAGUUAGUUUUCUUUUCCUAACCUUAGGCGUUAUGUUUGUGUUUACAAUUCAUUUGAAUCAGCUGAAACGUUAGCGGAGUCGUCAGUUCCGUUUUCGUCCUGUUCGAGUUCUAACGGCUCCGCGUUUUAUCUCAGGAUGAAGUAGCUCCUUUUCGCUGACACUCAAGAGCUCUGGAUUCCGUUCUAUGUGAGUGAUAUUCUGCUUGUGUGUCCCAUGUGUAUAUUUUAUAAGUAUUUUUUAAUGAAUAGUUAAGCAAUAUUGAUUUGGAGCUGUCAUAUUUCCAAGAGAAAUAAUUUUGUCACAUUUAUUUUACCUCGAAAUUUAAGUGAUUCAAAUGUUUUUCGUCUCACGGGUUAUUCAAAUUUUUUGUUGAAUAAUCUGUUUUGAAUAUUCUAAGGAAACACAGAAAGUCUGGAAAUUACUUUCAACAAAAAGUGAUAAAAGUUUACACAAAAAAAAAAAAAAAAGUAAAUCCAAGCAACAGUUUAAAGAAUUUCACUUAUUAUUAAUAAGAGAAAUUUACUUGAUGAGAGAAAAGCAAUAAUCACAAGUGAAUCAAGUUUGCUUGCGAUUAAAAAGUUUAAAAGAUGUAUUCGGUUUGAAAAAUAAUAAGAUUGGUAUUUUCUAACGGUGAUUUUUAAUUUUCAGAAGAUGGAUUAGCUUAAAAAAAAUUCACCGUUAAAAAUAGGUAAACAUUCAUUUUGUUUGUCCAUAUCGUUCAUGAAAUUGAUCUUUUAAUAAAAUCAUGCUGAUAAAAAAUAAUAGAUUGAAUCUCCAAUGCUGGUGCCAGACUUAGUUAUCUUUAACUAAAUUAAAAAUUGGAAUAUGAAUGAGUUCUCCUCAAUUUUCAUGAAUAUUUUCUAAUGCUUUCCACUAAUUCCAAUUUUCCAGUUGCAAAUUGCCACAUAUGAUUGCAACGAUAAGACACACCAUACGCAUCAUCUGGAAUAUUUUUUGUGUAUUAUUUUCGAAGUUGCAACUACUUUUCGCAAAUCACAAUGGCACUACUACAAAACGAUACUUUGAGUUUAACUUUGAACAACUCAAAUUUCAGUCUACCAUCUAUGUCGACAUUUGCAGAAAAUGACAGCAACAAUUUGACGUUAUAUGUAUUCGAUUUGGGCCCUAAAAGGGAUUCCUUGUCCUCAGUGAUUCCUAUUACCGUCAUCUAUGUGUUGAUACUCAUCGCCGGCCUCAUAGGCAACAUCUGUACUUGUGUCGUGAUCAUCCGCAACAAGCACAUGCGUUCCACAACAAAUUACUACUUAUUCAGCUUAGCAGUGUCGGACCUGCUGCUAUUAGUUGUAGGUCUCCCUCAAGAGCUGUUUUUGCUGUGGAAUAAAUACCCUUACAUCUUCGGAGAGGCAUUUUGCAUCAUCCGUGGAUAUACCUCAGAAAUGUCCACCAAUGCCUCAAUCCUUACCAUCACGUCUUUCACUGUUGAACGUUACCUUGCCAUCUGCCAUCCCAUCAAGGCUCACACAAUGUCCAAACUCUCCAGAGCCGUCAAGUUGAUCGUAUUCCUGUGGAUUGUGAGCGGUGUGUGCGCCGUGCCGAUGGCUAUACAAUUCGGAGUCGUCAUCAAGGAGUACCAGGGCGUACUAGUAUACGAUACUGCCGAGUGUACCAUUAAGCAUCCCAUUCAAGACGCUUUUGUCUCUUCAACUUUGUGCUUCUUCAUCAUACCAAUGUUCAUCAUAACAGUUUUAUACGCAUUUAUAGGGGUACAGCUGCGCAGAUCAGCUUGUAUGAAAGGAAAUCAUGCAACUAUCGAGGGCGAAUCUCAGUUGAAUGGAAAUGGAAGUGCUAGGCAGUUCUCUUUCAAGAAACUACAGCUGGUAAAACUGUUGAGUCGUCAAUCAAAUAACAGCAUAAGAGGAAAUGGGGGAAGCUCUCGGAAAGCGGUAAUCAAAAUGCUAUUUGUAUUCUUGCAUGCCUUCUUACACAUUUCAUCUAAAAUAUGA